AUGGAUUUAAGUUUAAAAAUUAAUAAGAUUAUUAGUCAGUUUAAAGAUAUUUUGUUUAAUAAAUCUGAUUCUGAAUUUGAUCAGAAAAUUGAAGAUAAAACAAUUGCUUUAAAAAAACUUUUAAAAAAAGAAGAAGAAAUAACUAAAGAAAUUGAGAGAUUAAGAAAAAAAUAUAAUUUUGAAAUUGUUAAAAAACAGACUGAUUUAAGAAAAAUUGUUAAGGUUUUGAUUUCUAAGUUGAAAGAUAAUCUUCAAGAUGCUAGAAGUGAUGAUUAA